GGCACUAUCAUUCGUGUCUAACUAGGAGGUCUUAUGAGAUAACAAUGUACCGACAUAUAAAUAAAGUAGAUCCUUUCGAGCUUGAUAGUCUUUUGUCGGUCUCUGUGAAAACGUCGUCAGGCGGCGCGCAUUUAUCGUCCAAACCGCACCUUAAAAACAUUCUCGUGUCCGUGUUUCAAAGCUAAAGGGAUACGAGCGAUAAACACAUCGAAAUGAAGGCUAUUUUAUCGGCGUUAAGUUUACUGGUUGUUAUCAUGGCGGUGAAUGCAAAUCGCAUCCUCUCGGUGACAAAGUUCCAAACGGACACAUGUACGCAACAGGGGAUUAUCUGUUUGAACUGUAAAACGGCAGCCCGAUGUAUAUGGCUAAACAAUGAAUGGCGAGCACAACCAUUUGACGAAUGUGAUGCGGAUGCUGGUUUUUACUGUAAUGUCAACGAUGGCGGCUGCUCUCAGCGUGUAGGACCAUGUAAUCCGGCCGGACAGGAGGGAAACUUUGUCUGCAACACAGUUGGAGUUUUCCCUGAUCCGUUUGAUUGCCAGACAUAUCACCUGUGUUACCAAAAUGCUCAGAAUCUGAUAUCUAUCAACAUGGGAUGCGAAAAUGCUGCGUUUUCACCUGCCACUGGGGAUUGUUCGUUGUUCCGGAAUGAUACGAUCUGCACCACUCAGCAGUGGAGCUGUUCGCAAGCCGGGGAUAUGCACGCUUGGCCGGGAAACAAUAACAUAUUUUAUCUUUGUGUAGCGGAUACCAGAAAUGACGUCCGUGUCCUUUAUCCGACCCUCUUCCGUUGUAGCGCCAACCAAGUAUUUAGCGAGGGUAGAUGCGUGGAAAGGCAGACGGUUCCUACGCCUCCCGAGGAGGAUAAUUCAUAUCGAUGUGAUUCUCCCGGACUAUUCCCCGACAUUAGCAACUGUUUGUACUACUACUUCUGUGAUGGUGAGCUGAACUCACAGCAUCUUAGGUGCCCCGAUGGGACACAUUUCCAAACACAAACAAUGUCAUGUGUGAGAGGAGCAUGCUGAUUUGAAUAAACGAUAUGAUUCGAUGAAU